ACAAGUUGGCGAAGGGAUGCGUCUGCCGUGAUGGCGCUGCAGCUGAGGAACGGGGAUGCGGCGUUUUACCCGAGCGCACAAUUCUGCAGGAAUUACACCUCGUCCGCUGUCACCUUCAACAGCAGCAGCCAUUAUCUGUCCCGUUUGCCAGGUCCAGAGACCAUGUUGAAGCCUGCACUCAGUCUCUUCAGCCAUGCACAGCAGCCUUUUCAACACAUGGACCCUUUGCACCAGCUGGGACCUCCACCGAUGGUGCCUACACAGUCUCUCGGCCCUGCUCCAGUCGGCCAUACUGCAACAAUUGGACCGCCAAAUGUACUUGCUGCCCAGACUCUGGUUCCCCCUCCUAUCACUGCUACUCACACAUUGAGGCCUCCUCCCAUCGCCCCUGUACACAGUUUAGGCCCAUCAAUGGUUCCAGCUCAGCUGCUCGGGCCUCCUUCUUUGUCACACACCUUAGGGCCUCCAUCUCUAGACCCGUCACAAGCAAUGGUGCCUCCCUCCUUUAACCUCACACAACCUCUGGGGCCUCCUCCUUUGAACCAUGCACAUGCGUUGGUUCCCCCUGUGCCUGCUGGAGCCAACAGAUUCCCCUUGUCCUCCCCUCUAAUCCCUAGUCCAGAACUCUCACAACUUCCCCUAGGACUGGACCUCCCCUCAUCUCAUCCCCAGUGUCUAGUCUUAUACCAGGUCCUCUUCCAGGUCAGGCAGCCCCAUGCAAGCGAGCAGCCCCAGGAAGAGGGCUCUCCUCUGGGCAGGGAGGAGGACACUCUUGCUCUGGAAGAACUUUGCAAACCAUUGUACUGUAAACUCUGCAAUGUUACUGUCAACUCAGCUCAGCAGGCACAGGCUCACUACCAGGGGAAGAACCACAGUAAAAAGUUGCGUAAUUUUCGAGCUGGCAGUCAGCAGCCACCAGCCAUCAGGAUCCCUGAAGUCCUCGAGGUAGCUGGACAGACAAACCUCAUCUCAGGAUCCAACGACAGUGAUACUGGAAGCCAGGCGUUGUAUAAAGGGCCCACCCGGGUCAUUUUGGCCACAGAGAAUGACUAUUGCAAGCUGUGUGACGCCUCCUUCAGCUCACUGUUAGUUGCACAGGCUCACUACCAGGGCAAGAACCAUGCAAAGAAACUACGGCUCGCUGAGGCUCAGCAGAUCUCCAAUAACAUGGACUGCUGUAGUGAAGUAAGCCCAAGAAGGAACAAGAAAGAUGGCAGUGAGUACAGACUGGUGAAAAAUCGCCGGAGCCCACAGCUUCCUACCUCCGUGCAAGGCCCAUACUACAACCCCAGACCACGGCAGCGGAUCCCCAGGGAUUUAGCUAUGUGUGUGACCCCCAGCGGACAGUUCUACUGCUCCAUGUGCAACUGCGGCGCUGAACAAGAAACGGACUUCCGUCAGCAUCUGGAAAGCAAGCAACACAAAGCUAAAGUGUCAGAGUUGAGGUACCGCAACGAGAUGGAGAACUUGGGCUACAGCUAAGAGCACAGGGGACAGAAGAAGUGGGACAAAGAAGGAUUGAGGGAACAGCAUUUGACCGAAGUGGUCGAAAAUAUUUGUCGGGGGCAUUUGAGGGAUUAGUGUCAACAUUUAUUUAAAACCCUCAUAAGACAUAAAAUGUUGCAACUUGGUUAGAUCCACCAGGCAAAUUAGAAUAAAAGUGAGCUUUUAUGGUAUGUAGUGAAAUGAUAUAUCUGGUUCACUUGUUUUUUUUUUUUUUUUUUUUUUCUUUUGGUAAAACUCAAGAUCCAGGUAAAUCUAAAGAGGUCUUGUAGCUUCACUUCAACCAAAUGUAGCGUGAUUGGUUGGAUCACAAAGAAAAGUGGCGACACAAGAGACCAAACCAAUCGUGGUCAUCUUCUGUAUGAAUCGGAUCAAAUCCAAAGCACAACCGAGAUCAUGUGGCAGUAAAAUAAAACGGGAGAAAUAAUGUGUUGGCCUUUGCUGACCCUGAGAUGUCCUUUGUAUCAGGCUUAAGGCUUCACCUUGGCUGGCCUUGUUUGUGCCUUCGGUAAUAGGGAAACUUGAGUUAUUAAAAAUAAGCUUUGUCCGACUAUUCUGGCAAUGUAGUUAAGAUUACCGUACAUGUGUUUAAUAUUAGGUUAAUAUUAUUGUCAAAUAAUCUUACUGUAAAUAUUUAGAAUCUAUUUAUAAUUGUCAGGAACCCAGUGUGCGACAUCUACUCAUCAGUACUAAACCAUUUAGAGUCAAGACCAAAAUUAUUCAUACUCUAGCAAAAUGUUGUGUUAAAGGUCCCAUGCCACACCCAUUUAUUUAUUUUAUAUAAUCUUUGUCUUUGUAUCGGGUUUGCGAGAUCAUUUGUGCUGGAAAUGCACAGGAUGCCGUUUUAGAAGUUAUUCUCGUUGGUCCAAAAUGGCUGGCAGAUGAGACGGCUGGAUUUCUCUAAAAUACUAUUUGCAGGGGAUAAGGAUUAAGGAUUGCAAUUAAUUAAACAAAAUAUAUAUUAGUUUAACAAUGAUUGAAUAAGUGGACAUAAACCCCGAAUAAGCAUUUUUGUGAUUGGCAAAAAUGCUUAUUCCCCCCGCCCCCAUAAUAAAAAGAAAAGAAAAACAAAACAAAUGUAAACAUUGGAAAAGAAUUGUGGGCUGGGGGGAAUCUUCAGAUCCAUGAUAUACAGGGGUCCACUGUGUUCAAUAUGUAAAUAAAAUUUGCUCCGAAUUGGAUCGCCGUUCAUGCUAGCUCUGUCCAAAUGUGCUGCUGAUGUGAUGUAGUUAAAUAUUACUGUUGGAGUAUGAGUACUUGCGACUGGUGGAGAGAUGCCCACCUUUCCACCAGCUGUAACCUAUGCAAUGUUUACGAAGUCAUCCUCCCACGAAAUGUGCUCGAACGCAGCGCAGUUGUGGUUCCGAAAUGCUGAGGAAUUUCUCCCGAAAUAAACUGAAGCCAUUUAAUCGUCAGCUCUUCUGAGGUUGGUUGGUCAUGCGAAGAUAUGUGCCUCUUUCUCGUACAGUUUCUAGUGAAAAUACUGUACCAAUUCACCCAGUAAAACUUCAUUUUAUUUCAAAAUUUAGCCAGGGUAUGAAUAAUUUUGCUGUGUAUUUUAUCAUAGGCCCUCGGGGGACCAAUUCGGAUGGUCAUUUAUUUUUCAAACUUUAUUUUGGAAUUUUAAAGCUUUUGUAAAGCUCUUGAUGGGUAUUUCCAUGUGCAUGCACACGCACACGGUGCAACCCCAUCACAUUACUGAUCACAGCACACGCACUCCAUUAGUUACACACUGAAUCAGUGGGCAGCUUUCCGUGUGCCGGGUUUUUGUGUCUUGCUCAAGGCCUUACAGAGGAUUCAUCUGAACCAAACGUCCACAAACUGCCUCAUCCAUCAUCACUGAAGCAGCGUCAUUGUGUCAAGCCCCACAUAAGUCAGUCACAUCAUUAGAUAUGCCCGGUACGUAAAUACUGGCAAGCGGAACAAUAGCCACAUCUCUCAGCCUACUUAGUGGGGUUGUUCUAAUCAUUCGUGGCAUGACUACACACUCAAUGUAGGGGGGUCUUUAGAAAUUACAGCAUGUACAUGAGCAAAUGAGAGCGAGAAGAAACUGCUGGGCUUUUUUUUCGUCUCUUUCUCCUGGGAGCUGAUGAAACCUUGCGUCCUCGUAGAAAUAAUAGGAUUUGUCUUACAUGCAAUCUCUGGUAGCUAGCAUUAUGUCUGAAAGGAACAGUGUUUGGAGCCUAUAGGCCAGAGGUGCAGUAUCUCGGAUGCUUUACAGUAUGUACUGUACUGUUUUACAAAUACAUACACUGUAUAACUGUGCCAAAUGCCACAGCCAGCUGUGCUUCUAGAUUGUUUCUUUUUCGGGGACACGAUACAGCAAGGACACUGUAAGAGGCCACAAAAUGACUCUCAAAAGGAAUUUAUAACAAAUGAGGAUUUUUUUUUAUUUUAUUUAUUAUUUUUUUUAUUAUAAAUCAAGAGUUAUGCAGACUGAUACUUCCUUUGCAUGAGCCUGAAAAGUGAAGACUGAGUGUACAUUGCCACUGUUUUUUUUUUUUUUUUUUU